AUGGCUGAAAAUGAGAUCUUAGAAGACCAAGAGAAGCUGAAGAGGGGUCUAGUGAAGGUUCUGCAAUGCGUGGCCACCAUCUCAUCUGCAGCAGCGGUGGUCAAUCCCAUCUUCGGCAUGGCUGGUUCUCUCAUCCAGGUGGUUCUACAUCAUGUGGAUGACAAAGACAUUCAGAAACUCAAACGUGAGUUCGGCAGCGUGAAUCGAGCCCUGGACGAAAUCUCACAGCAGAACCAGAAUGUACUGCUUCAGGUCAGGAAGGAGACUGUGGAUGGCCUGUACUGUCGUGUAGAAGAAAACAUUCGUAAUCAGUUCUCCAAAUUCAUGGACACUGUGGAGGUAUCAGCAGCACAUGAACAGCGCAAGAAAGAAUUUGAAAUGAGCUUUGUGAUCAAUCAGUGUGACCAGAACCUGUACACGCUGUACGGCGGUGUGAUGGGCGAAUCCAAGCUCUUCAGUCAGCCCAUCCUAGAGGUCUACAUGAAACAUUCACAGGGUGACCAGCGUGUCAUGGAAAACCUCUGCACUCGACUCACAUACCUGUUCUGCAUCGGCCUCAUCGCUCUGAUGAGUUACGCUGCCAUCGUCGGGGAUGAUGAGGAAGCUCUGCGCAUCGAGUGGGAAGAGAAAAUGAAAGAUGUGGCCAAAAAGAUGUCAGAAGUGUUCAACAGUAAUGAGUGAUUCUACCUCAUGUGACCUUUUCAACAACUUCUCUUUUAUCUAUCUUUCUAUGCUCUCUAUCUAUUUUACCCUUGCACUGCUGUCAUAGAUGUCGAUAUAUGCAUCUAGUUGUCCGUCUCACUUAAAACAAUGUAGCAGCUACCUUGCAUCCACCCUGAACAACCUGUUAACCCAUAACAAAAGUUAUGUGGAACUGUAAUACUGAUGUUAUUUUUUGAAAAUGAUGUACUCGUCUUUCUGUACAGUGCACUCACACUGAAUGUGCCCAACCCAUUAAAAUAAUAAUUUAUCUUUAUGCAAACUAAUAUUGCAAAUCUCUAAUUCUAAUCCCAUGUAGCCUUGAAAUUAUUUUCUCAUGAAUCUCUCUACAAUGUCAUUGGUAUAUUUAUAUCUGGCACUGUAUAAUGUACUCUGCAGUAUUAUGAAUAAACAAAGAUAUGAGGAA